UAAAUCACACAAACAACUUAUAACAACACAUUACAAGCUCAAAUGGAUUCUUUCCUUAACAAAUUUUCUGUUCUAGUGCUUCUUCUACUUGUCACGCCUUUGGCAUUGGCACAAACGAGGGUAGGGUUUUAUUCUAAGUCAUGUCCGAGAGCGGAAUCUAUUGUUCAAGCCACCGUUAAGAAACAUGUCAAGUCCAAUUCUGCGGUUGCUCCGGGAUUGCUUAGAAUGGUCUUCCAUGAUUGUUUCGUUCAUGGUUGCGAUGCUUCGAUUCUUAUCAAUGGCAGCAAUGCUGAGAGAACGGCUAGGCCAAAUCUUCUGCUGAGAGGAUAUGAUGUGAUUGAUGAUGCCAAAACACAACUAGAGGCAGCAUGCCCCGGAGUUGUGUCGUGUGCUGAUAUUCUUGCUCUUGCUGCUCGCGACGCUACGGUUGAAGUCGGUGCAUUGACUUACCGCGUGCCAACUGGACGCAGAGAUGGACGAGUCUCAUUAGCAUCUGAUACCUCCAAUUUGCCGAGUUUCACAGAUUCAGUCACUGUUCAGAGGAAGAAAUUCUCAGACGUAGGUCUCAGCGCUCAAGAUCUUGUCACUCUUGUUGGAGGACACACUAUUGGAACCGUUGCAUGCCAAUUCGUAAGUUACAGACUAUACAACUUCAAAAACACUAGCGGUGCGGAUCCAACAAUCAAUUCCAAAUUCCUUCCUACACUCCAAUCUCUUUGCCCGCAAAAUGGUGAUGGAAACAAACGAAUCCCGUUAGAUUAUGGAAGUGGCGACAAUUUUGAUCAUUCGUUCUUCAAAAAUGUACGAGAUGGACGGGGAAUUCUGGAAUCAGAUCAGAGCUUGUGGCAGGACGGUACAACAAAGAAUUAUGCACAGAGAUUUAUGGGUAUUAGAGGAUUGGCUGGACUGACUCUGAAUGUUGAGUUUGGAAAGGCCAUGAUCAAAAUGACGAAUGUUGGAGUGAAGACGGGGAGUGCCGGUGAAAUUCGCAAAAUUUGUUCAGCAAUUAAUUAAAAAGGAUGUAGAAUUUGGGGGGUUUUCCAAAACCCUACUUUUUUUUAAACAAUAACAAUUUGAAACUUGAGUAGGGAAGGUUAUGUAAUAUAAGCAUGCAAUUCCAUUUAUCAGUCGCAAAAUAGUGCUCCCCUCCUUUUACAUCUUAUUCGAAUUUGUCCAUGUAAUUUAAAAUAUUUAAAUAUAUUUAAAUUUUCCAUUUCGUAAA